AUGCAAGGCCACCUCGAGGACAAGGAUGCCAGAACGGUGAAAAUACGCGACAUUUGCUCAAAACACCCGAAGCCUGACAUUUGUGGCAAAAUUCUACUCUCAUUACCUGGUGCAGCUGAAGCUGUGGAUCUUCGCAGCGCUUCCUUGUAUGUCAUCAAUGUGGCUCAUGGCAAUGCUACUGAGGGUAAGUUCCAAACCACUCGUAUCGCAAGAGGCGCUGGAGACCCUGAAACGAGACAACGUUACAAUGCAUGUUCUAAGGAUUAUACCGAUGUGUUGCUUUCCCUUGCUAGGGCUAAGAAGUCUUACAGCUCUGGAAAUUACUCCGACCUGAAAUCCAAUGGCGCAAUUGUGAUCAAAGAUGUUCAAGAUUGCGACACAAAGGCUACUGAUUCAACCUAUGUCUUGUUGAUAAACCAGGAUGUGGUAGAUACAAGCAGGAUCAUUGUGAUUCUAGCAGACUAUCUGGCUGGGAAAUAUUGA